AUGGCAUUGGGAGCUGGGUUGCGGCGUCUCGCGGAGUCUGGUGACAAGCUGGAAAAGAAGUUUCGAAGAAGCCGAGCUACGCCCACCACCAUCGAGCCUUUCCCUUUCUUCGCUCUGGCCCGCGAGCUGAGAGACCUGGUCUAUGCAGAGAUUGCCGCCGACGUUCUGACGCACUCGUCGCCAGAUGGGGGUUACAACUUUGCAAUCGAGAACCUGGUGUAUCCGCCAGUGCUGCGACUCAGCAAGCAAUUCGCGAGUGAAUUGCAAGAGACCAUCAAUCGUCGUGCCGCAUCUCCCCCGAAGCUGAUCUUAACGGAUCAUGGCAUCAAGACCGACUUCGGCGUGCCAGAGUUUCCAGAAUUUUUCCUUCGCCAUUCAGCGAAAGUUCAGCAGCUCGACAUCAACCUCUCCUGCACCGUGGACUGGAGGCACCAUGAUCUGAGAGAUCAUGUGAACAUGGUCGGAACGGUGAUGGAGAUGUGUGGCCAGGCCAGCAGUGUCCACAUCAAGCUGUACAUGCAGCGGAAAGCCGGACAAACUAGCCAGGACUUCCACACUAUACUUCGAAGUUCGAGAAUAGAUCCAAAGGUCCAGGCUUUGAGGGUCUCCUCUAACUGCGUAAAGAGCUUCGGUAUAUACAGCUGCGAUCGCGCCAUUGCAAGCUACGCUGGAAUCGAAGAAGCUGUGGGAGAGACAACAAGUUUGAUUAAGAGGUGGACCGAGGGCACCGGUUGGCAGAUGACGCCAUAG